ACUUUUAAAUUGUUUGAUUUUUCAAUUACUCAGUUUUUCGAUUUCUCCAUAUUCCGAUAUUUCAAUUUUUCGAUAUUUCGACAAGCAUUUGGGUAUCUGUUAGGCUACGUUUCAGAAGCGAAUGAAGUUCUGUUGAAAUAACCUUCGACCAAUUUUUGUUAUAACUCAGCAAAAUUUUGCGAUGACGUCACAGCUUUAGUAGGGCGAGUUGACCACCUUUCGUGAACGAUAAUUUUAAAAUACGUUGAAAAUUUCACAAUAUAGACACACUGACAGAAAAAGGGGACCUACUUUUCCGUAUAUUCUAAGAGCGGCGAAAACACGCACUAUGUAAAUUAUUCUUUUUAGACUGAUUACCUUGAGAUACACAGCCCCCGUGAAAUGUCUCUUCUGGAAACGCCUCCAGAUGAUCACAAUAGGGGAGCGUCUGGUAAAAUUGCUGGUGGACCUCAAUUUCGAAAAUCACCCCAUCAUAAUCCACUGCUUCUCCAACGGCGGCGCUUUCCUGUACCAGAAUUUUUCUCUGGCACUUGAGAAAAGCCCAAAACCUAUACAAAUAAAAGGGGUGAUUUUCGACUCCGCUCCCGGCAAGAGGCGCAUCGUGAGCCUAUUUCGUGCCAUUUCGGCCAUCCUCGGUGGAAAACCUCUCUACAACAUCCCCAUGUCGGUCCUCAUGACCAUGUUCCUGUCCAUGAUAUGGCUUUACGAGGUAAUUAGCAACUAUAUCAACCCCAAGACGACAUUCCAGUCCAACCCUUUAGAGAACUUAAAGGACGAGAAAAACACGUGGCCGCAGCACUUCAUCUAUUCCAAGAAGGAUGUCCUGAUUCCGAUAUCGAAUAUUUCGCCGACUAUCGAAGAUCGCUGGGUGUCGACGUCACGAGUCUUUGCUAUGAGGGCAGUCCACACGUCAAACACUACACGGAACACAAAGAGAGCUACGUAAACAGUGUAUGCAAUUUUUUAAACAAGUGUCUCAACGGCACAAACUGAAAUUCCCCGACUCUCUGUAGUAUCGAUUACACGCAUGUUACCACUUCGUUACGGUUUAGGUUCAUAGGCGCUAUUUUUUUAGAAAUUUGUUAUUGUAUGCACAACUUUGUUAGGCAUUUUGAUCUAAAUUAUGGUGCUAUCAAAUGUAUAUUUAUUUUGACUUAUUAAAAAAUGUGAUCAA